AAUGUGUAAGUAUUGUCUACUGACUAGCACCCGUGAAAACUCUGAAAUUUUGGACCAACAUUCGUCCCCAUUUCAGAGGAAUUAUGUCAACCAUGACAAAACUGUUAUUAGGAGGCAUUCGGCAUUACGCGAGAAGAUAUGACCCAAAGUAUAAAGAUGAUCCAGGUGUAAAAUACGGGUUGAUAACAUACUUUCCCAAAUCUCCAAAUCAUGUCGACCCUCCAAUAGUACCAACAAAAUUAUUUAUGGUUAAACGAAUUAAGCCACUCCGUGGAACACCGUGGUGGGAAAAGGAGAUAAUGUAUCAGCUAAAUCUUUUGGAAAAGAAAAGCGAUGUAACCAUUGUAAAGAACACACCAGAAAUGAAUGCUUUUCUGUGGCAAGUGAAACAUUUGAUUAAAGUCACGCCAAUAAAGUGUCCUGAUGGAAUACCGAAAACCGCGAGCUUGAAAGGAUCCUACCUACAUGAAAAUGGCACUUUUAUGGUUAACCCUAAAGUGGAAAUUGAGCAAAAGCGAAUAGAUGCUAUAGAUGAAUAUAGAAAAGAUUGGAAGAAGCUUGAGGGCGAAGCUAUACGCAAAGAAAUGAGGCUCAGAUGGCUCAAUCCACUGUAGAUCUACUGUGACAAAUAUAUUUAAUUGUAUGUGCUAGUUAACAAAGUCUAAGCACCUUUGUCGUAAGAAAUGAAUAGUCUAUUAUUCGAUAUGAGCUUGAUAUGAUUAUUU